CUGAUUCAUGAGAGAACACACACAAACGAGCGACCGUUUCCAUGCGACGUGUGCGGGAGGGCAUUCCGAAGGCAGGACCACUUACGUGACCACAGGUAA